AUGGCAUUGCUCUACAGGUUCACGAGACUCAACGAUAGGUCUAACACUGGAAUUUUCACUUUCAUCGUGACGAGAACUGUGACGCGUGAUUUGCAUAGGGACGCCGUCACCAAAGACUUCGCCCACGGAUACCAUCGGUGGGCACUCUCGUUCUUGAGGACUGAGAAAACGCUCGGAGUUUUUCUAAUCAUCCGAAACCCUGCUCCGGGAUCGAGAUGCUGCGUCGACUUCACUCUUACGCUUCUGAACCGGGAGCACUUUUCUCGGAAUGAAUCAUUAUCCGAAAAACAGAUAGCCUUCACAGUGGACUCCCCGGCACACGGAGCUGCGAAAUGGCUCCCGCUGGCGGAACUGGCAUCGAGAAGGUUCGCCGACGAAACGGGCGAAUUCCUCGUCGAGCUCUCCAUGGCAAAUGUGUCCACGAUGUUCGACGCCGACAUCAAGAUCCCGUCUCAUUUCCUUGGAAAUCCUUUGGGCGUGGGCUACGAUGAAGCCCGACGAUAUUCGACAGCAACCCAACAUUCAGUCGCCAUAGAAUCUCCGUACCUGUCAUUUGGGGGUUUCGAGUGGAACGUCGCUGUGCUCCCUUUCGGGAGCCCUUCGGACAACGAGAACCCCAGAGCACCAAAAGUACUACUUAAUCGUCUUACAGGUUUCGACCAUCCGUGUCGGGUACAGUAUCGACUCGUGCUCGGCGAUGGAACGCAAAAGGUAGAAUCAGGACUUUUGGAUCAGAUCUCCGACCUCUCUGGAAGAAUUCGAGGAUUCCAUCUGAAGGGAGUUACUUCAAUCAGAGAAUUGAUGUCACACCGCGCAGGGUCGCUGCAUGUUCACCUGCAAAUGGUCUCGGCAAACGUCAUCUCGGAAGCCAAAGUACCGAUACAAGGCAUUGUCAAUACACAGCAAGGUAAGCGCAGACAAGGGGGUCGUCUGAGCGCUUCGCCGGCGUCGACAGCGAAUUGCUACGAUAGAGAUAAGCAAGCAUGGACUGUGGAAACCGAUUUCGAACGAGAUUACCUCCGUCUAAAGCUAUUCUACGCCGAUAUGGGAGCCGUCCCGAGGAAUCAUUUACGUUUUGUUGCUUGGAAUACGUACGUGAUUCGAGCUCCUCCAGGCGGUGGGAAAGAAAGCGUGUUGGCCGUAAAUGCACCUCACUCAGCUUACUACGUGCAGGACGGAAUGGAUCUGGGAGUUCUCAUAGACGUGGACAUUCCGACCAGAGUGCUUCGCGAACAACUAUCUCCGUACGUCGACUCGUGCAACCAGCUCACCAUCCAUAUCGAAUGGCUUGAAAACCACCUUCUUUUCGGGGCCAAUUACCAUCGCUACGAUGACAUCGCGAGGAUUCAUCAGCAACAGAUGAGACGUGAGGUAGCCGCUCUUCAAUCCGAAAACUACAACCUCGAGCGGCAGGUUUUCAGCUAUCAGAAAAGCAUUUCGUACGCGAACACGACGAGCCAACCGCGCAUGCCAACGAUGGUCAAUCAUCAACCUCCGCAACAGAUGCAACUGCAACAUCGAGGAGCCCCUAUGGGACAACUAGACGAAGAUGAACAAGAGUACAUUUCGAGAAGGAUGGCCGAGUUACAAACUGAAAGUGUACUCGGGGCUACGAACGAUGAACACAAUUUCGUCUGA